AUGGCAGAGGAAGAUAUGACAACCUCUGGCUCAGCACGCGAUACUGGCAAGAUGCCAGAACGCGAGGAAUCUGAGGAUGGCACGCCCAGUCCUAUGCCGAUACCUACGCCGAAUCCUAACGGCAUGGUGACCAUGGCAGCAGCAGAUCUCAUUGCACUCUGCGAGCGACUGAUAUCAGCACGCGCGCCGCCACCUCCUCCACCUCCUCCACCACCUCCACCUCCUCCGAACCCUAUACCAGAAGAAGAUCCGAACAUGCUGGCUCGCGAAUACCAGAAGGAAGCGCAGGCCUCGUUGAACACAAAGUCCGUCACCACGUUCGAUGGCACCAACUACCAGACGUGGAAGAUGGCGUUCUUGUCGGAUGCAGAAGUGAUCGGUGGUGCAGAUAUUCUCAAUAAGAACCAACAGGAACCACCUGAAGGUUUAUCAUCGCUCGAUCAGCGAUAUUGGGUGAUACGUUCAAAACUUCUCUUCCGUCGCAUGUUGCAAUCCCUAGUAGGUUCUGUCCGUUUGACCAUGGGAUCCAUUCAACCCGACAACGCGGCGGCCCUAUGGAACAAGGCCGUAGUGGAUAUGAAAUACAACAUAUCCAAAUCAAAAGCGAUAAUUCCGCCGGGAAGGGGUUACAUUGUGGUGUCAAAGUCAAUGAGUUGA